CAUGGUGGGCAUAUUGCCUUUUUUUCUGCACAUUUCCCUCUUAAUUUUGUUCAUUUCCAGCCGAAAUAAAGCUGAGACGGCUAAUGAAUUGGUAACGACAUGCAAGAUACCUAUCAUGGACAACAGCAAAACAAAGCCAAGCUUCAAUGUAACAAUUUCGGGGUGGGACUGGGAGGUAAGGAACAGAAAGAACGAAACUUAUUUCAUUAACAUUUGUGGAACAGCCAAAAACUGUGGCAAAGAUGUUUCUGUUUGCAAAAAAAAAUCCGAGUCUGUAACAAUAAACUAUGGUACAAGUUUAACCAAAGAUAAGAUAAAGACAUCACAAUAUGCUGCUGGUUUCUCAAUUACUUUUACUGGUCAAAAGGGUGAAAAGACAGAUAAAUGUACCACACUCCAAACCCAGAUUAAUUUCCAAUGUAUCUACACAUUGGGUUCACCAGAACUUGUUGAUGACAGUAGCUGUAUUAUCAUCAUCCAGUUCUUCACCAAGGAAGCGUGUUCAAAAAUAGACACGAUACCAGAGAUACCCUGCGUUGUUUUUGAUGACAAUAAACAGAAGAUAGAUUUGUCCCCGCUGAUAAAAUUGAAAGGAGGACAUCAGGUUUCGAAUCAAACACACGGCGUCACAAUGUUCAUCAAUGUCUGUCGAGACAUAAAAAAUGAUCCAAAAAUUCAAGCGAAAUGGUGUGCUGAUGGCGUUGGAAAAUCUUUUCCAGCCUGUCGUCUUGAUAUCAAAAAACCAAUUGGAAAAAUCACAAACAAAUCAAAGUUGAUUUAUGAUGUCGGUGGUAAAAUCAAUCUGGUUUAUAAAUACAACCCAAAGUCCAAAGAAUGUCCCAACGGCGUUUCAACUGAGAUUACCUUCAUGUGUCAAAGGAAGUUUUCUGAUGGAGGAACAGGUCCAGUUCUUAUCACCGAUGUAGGUCCGGGUAAAAUUGUAUGCAAAUACGACAUACUGUGGAGAACCGGUCACGCUUGUCCAAACAAUGACGUUAUCACUAGUAAUUGCAAAUUCAGUAACAAUGAAGUCACCUUUGAUCUUACCAAGUUGGAAAAACCUACGAAGCAACUGAGCUACAAAGUCAUAGGUCGUAAUAAUAACGAAGAAUUCAGGAUUAAAGUAUGCAGCAAUGGUCAGCCCUGUGGAAGUGACACGUACGGCGAUCGAACAGCAGUUUGUCAAAUACUAGAUGGCUCCAAAUCCCAUCGCUGUGGUAACGCCAAAAAUCCAAGCAUUCGUUAUGCUGAUGGCGAUCUGACCAUGGUGUACAAGGAUGGCGAAGUUUGUAGUACGAAGUUACCCCGAAGGACCAUCAUAACUUUCCGAUGUGAUCCGACCGUUGACGUGGGCGAACCGACGUUUGUCGGAGAAGAGCACUGUUACUAUUUUUUCCAGUGGAGAACAAGACACGUGUGCCCGUCUCGAAACCCCGGGGCCUGUUCAGUCAUCUCCGGAAAUACUUACGAUUUAUCAAUUCUAACAAAAACGGACAAAGCCAAGCCGUGGUUGGCCGUAAACAGUCGCUCUAAUGCCAAAGGCUACACCUAUUAUAUCAACGUUUGCGGAUCAGUUGGGGGGCACCCGGAAUGUCAGAAAUCGGGGGCGUGUGAAGUGAAGGACGACGGCAAGGUACGCGCAAUUGGCAUGUACAACAGCUCGAUUGUCCCAACCAUAUCGAAGUCUGAGGGCUUGACCUUGGUCUACACUGGUCCCAGUUGUGAGGGCUUCAACAGAAUUGUUACGACGAAAAUAAAGUUCCGAUGUAAGACCAAAGAUUUGGAAAGUCCACCGGAGUUAGAGUCCAGGUCAUGGGACGGAUGUGAUUAUAUUUUCACUUGGGAUACAGCCGCAGCGUGUAGUUUGCAAGUGGUCAAUGGCGUUGGCUGUUUCCUGGAGGAUUCUGUCACCGGCAACGUCUACGAUCUUUCUCCCUUGGGAAAAGGACCAAGCUCUGACACGACUUAUUUCACUGCAACACUCGGUGAUACGUCAUAUAAUAUACAGAUUUGUGGUAAAACUUUGGCUGAUAAAUUUUGCGGUAACAGAGCUACUACUGGAAUCUGUCAGAAGAGCAAGGGUGACGUCCACGCCAUUGGAAGUGGGCAGGAUAAUCUGUUCUAUUAUGACGGAGUCUUGAAAAUGGUUUUCAAAAAUGGGGAUAAAUGUAAAUCUUACAUCACGUUUUUCUGCGAUGAAUCCGCUGGUACUGGAUCCCCUGUGUUCGUUGAGGAAAAAAGUUGUGUGUAUUAUUUUGUAUGGUACACGAAACACGCAUGUCCGUUGAAGACGAUGGAAUGUGCUUUGAAAGACAAGCAUGGCAAUGAAUACGAUCUCUCCCCCCUGGUCAGAACAAAAGAUAACUGGAAAGUGAAAAAAAAUGGAAAAACAUAUUUCAUCAACAUUUGUCGCGUUUUACAUCGAAAUAAUGACACAAAGAGCUGCCCUGUCAGAAGCUCUGCCUGUAUGGUAUCCCCAAAUAAACCUGGUGUUGAUAUGGGUGAGAUCGUUGGUCCAUUCACUCUGGAUAAUUUAGGAAAUCCGGUUUUGCAGUAUCAGAAUAACAAAAACAGAACUAUAAUUACCUUCAUAUGUGACCCAGAAGGAAAGACGGGAUCACCGGAGUGGUCGAAUAGUGACGAGAAGAACAACAUCUAUUCAUUCACGUGGAAAACUAAGGAGGCUUGCAAAAUCAAACCAAAAGUGGAAUAUGGUUGUAAUGAUAAGGACACUGGUUUAUCUGUGUUGAGCAAGGGAGAUGGAAAGGGGUAUGAAAUACCACUUUUAAAAGGAAAGAUAAGUUUGGAUAUCUGCCAAAAUAUAACUUGCAACAAGAAGAAGGACUCGACUGCAUGUUUUAUUGAUGGUGAAAAAGAGUUCUCGAUCGGCCGGCGUUUUGGAAGCAAAGUUGAGCAUAGCGAUGGUGUGAUCACCCUUAUAUAUCCAGGUGGGCAAUGGAAAAGUACAAAAACAUGGGGAGGCUACUAUACGACGAAAAUCAACUUUGUCUGCACGGAAGAGAUCGUGGAUGGCAAACCAGUGUUUAUCAAACAAGAGGAAAAUGUAUAUGUCAUCGAGUUUCGGACGUCGCUGGUCUGUGAGCCGAAGGAUGUUCAAUGCGAUGCUUACGAUAAGAAACAGCGCUAUAACUUGAGUCCACUUACUCUGAGGGAUGGCAAUUGGAUGGCAGAAGACACUCGCUCACACCUGGACUAUUACAUUAAUGUUUGCAGUGGAUACUACCCGGAGGGUGUGAAUCCCAAGUGCAAGGGUUCAGCGGGGAUAGGGGGGUGUCAAGUGGAUAGAAAUCACGAGCAUUCUCACAGCAUGGGCUUGGUGCAAAGUCGUCCCAUCGUUUCGUCAAUAAAUGACGUCACGUUACGCUAUCAGGGGGGUGAUAUAUGUCAUCAGAAGUAUCAUCGUAGCACGAGAAUCAACUUCUUUUGUUCAAACGUUCAUGGUUCUCCUGUAUACAUGGCGGAAAUGAAAGAUUGCGAGUACGUGUUUAACUGGAGAACUCCAAGUGCUUGUCCAGUGAAGACGUUUCAAGGGAAGGAUUGUCGUGUGUAUGAUGAAACAAACGGUGUUUAUUUUGACCUCAGGUCCUUGGCAGGGCAAGUGCAAAAGGAGGAGGUUGACAAGGGCGUUCAAUAUAUCGUGAAAUUUUGCGUUGAAACUCCAGCCAAAGACCUCGGUUGCGGGAAAGACAAUCCCUCGUGUCUUAAUGGGACGGUGACGACAGGUCUGAAGUUUUCAAACAUGAUAUUUAACGAUGGCAAAGCAAUUUUUGAAUACACAAGUAAGAGUAUUAACGUCACCAAUGAAAUAUCCUGCGAUUCCAGCGUCAAAACGCUCUCCUUCAGGGAGAAAGCAAAAGUCAAAGGUGGCUAUCACUUGUCCUGGGCGAGCAGCUUGGUUUGUCCACCCGUUACUGGGGAGGAAUGCAGUAUUACGACCGAAGACGGUCUCUUUGAUCUCUCAGUCUUAGCAAAGGAGUCCUGGAACUGGCAUGCCCGAAAUGCCUUAGACGGCGAACCAGAGAGUCCAGUCGUGUUUUGGGAGUUCUAUUUUUCUGUGUGUACACGUCUAAAGAACAUCUCUGGACCCGCGAAUAGAGGUUCGCGAGGGGCAAUAGAGGAUAAAGAUGGGAAAAUCACAAGUCUUGGUACAAUGAUAGAACGACUCAAAAUUUCUGAUGGAUCACUCACAAUGACGUAUGGCAAUGGCGACAAAUUAAGCUUCUGUACAAAUCAGAAAUCCCCAAAAACUACCAUACAGUUUAUCUGUGAUGAUAUUGUACCCGGGGGAGUGGGGGUUGGACCAGUUGUCGACGGAUUCGACAAAGAUCAGUGUACAUUUCACGUCACGUGGACAACACGCGCCGCUUGUCCUGUGCGAAGCCUCCUGGGAGACUAUUCCAAUCCUAACUGCACCGCUAUCCAUCCAGCUACAAGGAAAGCAAUAGAUCUAAGCCAACUGAAGAACACUAAAAGUUACACGGUGGUAGAUGAAAAAAAUGGUGAUACAUACUUCAUUAAUAUUUGUGCCCGAGCAAAAGGCUGCCCAGCGAACUCCGGGAUCUGCAAGAAAGGUGGCAAGACGAGUGCAGGCAAUGUCAACACGACACUCGUCUAUCGUCAAGGAUUUCUCUACCUUCAUUACAAGGACGGUAGCGCCUGCAGUGAAUCAGACAAAAGGACGAGCGAAACUUUGAUAUCGUUUAUUUGCGAUGCCAAGGCUGGCAAAGGAAAGCCAAAGUUAGAGCGGGUUAAAGAUUGCACACAUUUUGUGACUUGGAGAACCAAUUUGGCUUGCGAAGCUGAGAUUGAUUGCGUUGCUCAAGACGGGAAGAACUUCUACGAUCUCACACCCUUGAUCCGAGACGAUGCCAAUUACGAAUCUUUGGAUAAGGAUGGAAAACUUUACCUCAUAAACGUGUGUCGUUCGUUGGUCAGUGAUUCAAGAUGCUCCUCGCAAUCGAGUGCUGCAGUGUGUCGCACAGCGAGUGACAAUAAAGAAGACAAAAGUUUUGGACAAGUGGGUGCGCCACCAAAGUUUCUUUCAUCUUCAAACGAUAAACAGAAUGAAGUCAAAGCUCAGCUCAUCUAUGAGAACGGAGAAUGUGGCAACACGACUAUAAACUUUCACUGUGAUCCGAAAGAUCUUGCGGUCAGGAAAUUAAUCAUCACAUACGCCGAUGAAUGCUCGGUGCAAAUAUCCUGGUGGACUUCGUUGGUUUGCGACCCACCAGAUGGCGACCCACCAGAGGGCAACCUAAGCUGCUUCUACAGCAAUCCCGAGCAUACGUUUUGCUUUGAUUUAAAAAAACUAGGGCAAAAAGGCAAAAAUGUUAAGUUUACCGAAGGGGAAGUCCAUUUCCAUGUGUGUGGAACCGCAGCGAAGGAUUGCCACGAAGAAGGCAAGGAUGCCACGUCAGGCGAAGCUUGUUUGAAAACAAAAAACGGAAAACCAACGGCUCUUUCACGCGACAACAUCGUUUAUAAGAACGGCGAAGUACGAAUAACUUACGGCAAAGACGUCGUCCUUAUUUUGUACUGCGGGAAAGAUAGCGAGUCAAAUAAUCCUCGGUAUAUUGGAAAGGUUGAACAUAAAAGCCCAAAUUAUCAGACAUAUUAUUUCAGUUUGAUAACGCCAGAGGUUUGUCCACCUCGUGAGCUGUCGUGCGAGAUCAGAUACGGAGACAAAACGUUCAACUUGGCUGGUCUGAGUCGCGGCGAAAACUUUUAUGCAAAAGGCGACGAGAGCGAUCAUUACUGGCUCAGUCCUUGUGGUCAUGUCAGGCGCAAUAAGGAAACAGAGGAUAUUUGCUCUUCCCGAGCGACAGCAAUAAGAGUUUCAUCGGACAAAGAAUCUGAAGUGAUAGCAGUGGAUACGAAUUAUGAUCUUACUUAUCAUGCUAAAACAGAAUAUCCUUUACAACUUCGAUACUACGGAAAUGAGGCGCUCAAAAGCUGCGGUAAUAAAAAGCCAACGGUUGUGCACAAGUUUAAGUGUAGACAUGGUGAUUCGGAGGUGCAUUUUAAAAGUGGUGAAAACUGCGAGUUCGUCUUUUUGUGGAAGACAGCGGAAGCAUGCCCCGAAAACAGUAAACCAUUGAAGCAGGAAGGGGACGAUUGGAUAUUUUACGAUGACAAAACCGCAGGCUGCACACUGGAUUUAACUCACGUGAAAAAAAUAGUUGAAAAACAUGCAGGCAGCAAAGAUUGCAAGCUCCAAAACAAGGUCACGGUCUAUGCGUUAGAUGAUUCUUACGAGUUGUUUGUUUCUUGCGAUUCAAAGAAAACUAAGGAGGUGUAUAGUUUUGAAGUCCUUAUGCGAUGCACAACUGGCAACGAAACAACAUUAGUCGACGUCGGCGAUUCGUAUGUGUCGAUAAUAUUGAACACAAAUUAUGUCUGCGAUGCCUUGGGAAGCGGAUGUGCUAAAAAAGUCUCUCGUUCGAUGGCGAAAUCUGCAGCGGCGGUUAUUGGAACAUUGACUGGCAUUGGUCUUCUUGCUGCCAUCAUAUUUUUUGUUUGGAAACCUGAGAAAAGACAAAGCGCUGCCUUAUGGCUGAGGUGGCAUUAUCGUAAAUAUAUUUGCUGUAAACGUUCAUACAAUGCCUCUUAUCGUUAUAAAAAGGUCAAGACAGACGAGGAAGAUGGUGAAACGGACUAUAUAAUUGAAGCUGGUGCUGGAGGGUCAUUAUUCAGUGAUGAUAGUGAUGAUGAUGAUUAUCGGGAUGAUGAUCACGAGAAGAAUCAUAAUACUGAUGAUGAUGAUCUAUUACCUCUUGAUGAUGAUCUGCUCAGCUUAGAAUAAUGAAUAAUUUUAAUUCCAGACCAGACGCACUCCUUACGCACCGUUAGGUAAUAUAUAGAUGCAGAAAAGCAUUACCAACCGUCUGUAGAAUUGAGAAAUAUACUCUCCUUGCUUCUAUAUAAAAUGGUGGACAGUUGAGACAAGUUUAUGAACAUAUUCUUAACUCAUGACCUGUGAUAAAAUCCUAGAAUAGACGAGCAAUUUUCAUCAUGUCGAAUUGUAGAUUUUGAAGACAUUUUAAAGCCUGCUUAUUUUUCUUCCGAAUAGGGAACAAAACGUUGGUAUAUUGUCCCUGCAAUCUGUCUCUGCUAAGAAAAUAUUUCUAAAAAACUGUUCGUCUAUUAAAGGUCUCUCGAAUUGACAGAAUUUAUAGCUAUCCUAUUUAAUCACAAUAACUUAGCCAUAGUCAAUUAAGGUUGGAAUGCAUUUGCAUACUGAGAAAUUUUUAGAUUUUUAGACUUAUGAUAGAGUAUAUACAAUUUUAGCGCUUAAAAUACAUUUAAUUGGCUAGGGCUUUGAAAGCUAAGAUAAAUACGUGUUAUUUAAAUGGACGCGAAUUUUUACCGCGAAGAAAUGUUGAAUGAUUGUAAUAAUAAAAAAAAAUAAGUUCAUCAAAUUUGUAG